CCGGUGGAUGUCGACUCGGAUAUAAUUAGCCUACACAGACGUUCCUGGCCGUAAGCAUAAGUUUUUUUCUAAUCGGUCCUGUGAGGUAGUGGAUAUGGUAGUGUGAUGUGUGCUUCUGCAAGAACGGGCGGUAGUCAUGGUGACGAUUUAGUGAAACUUUCAGUGUUUUACCGGACUCUACGCUUGAUCGAGGAGCGAUGUUACACGGGAUCGUCUCAUUCCGCUCAGACGGUAGUUCCACGAUCGAAGAGUAGUGUGUUUAGAAACGGAGGGUCGGGCGGCAGGCUGCGGAGGAUUCAGCGACAAGCUGUACAAUACUGAGCAACCGACACGCGGAGUUUUGUCUUUGUCUUAUGCCACCAAGUGGACUUUGAAAACUGGGAUGAAUAUUUCAUGAGUUUGUGCUUCACAGAAUACAUGACCUGGGGUGACCCGCGAAUCCAUUGGCCGUAAUGGUGGGCUCGGUUAUGUUUUAUUAAAAGCGGCAACCACAGAGGUUGAGAGAUGUAAGACAGCGUUUCUUGUAGCCGUUGUCAAUGAAUGGAAUGUCGUUACUUGGAUGGCAUUAGCAGACGACUUUAGCAGACGCAGACGACACUACUUCAAAUUCUGUUUCGUGUCUGUGGCUCCAGAAUGACAGGAGGCUCGCACAGAUGUAGAGAGGAGAAGGAGGAGGAGGUUGAAAGCCCCUUUGGCAAAGUAUGAUAAUUACCCAUGCAACUUUAAACAUGAGUGCGUAUGUUCGAGGUAGCAAGGAUGGUCAGCGUUUCAUAGUGGACGAGGACGAUGUCGGAAACACCCCUCUUAAAGUCCGCAGACAGUCGUUGACUGAUGACGAGGAGAUUGUUCUCAACGUGGGGGGCGUGCGGCACGAAACGCACGCGUCAACCCUGCAGAACGUGCCCAACACGCGCCUGUCACGUCUGGCAGAGAACCACCUGUUGGGUGGCGGGAAGGAGGAAUAUUUCUUUGACCGACACCCAGCCGUUUUUAACUCUAUCAUCGACUUCUACAGAACAGGUGAGCUGCACGUGCCCCUGGAGGUGUGUGGAGCUGUGGUGAAGCGCGAGCUGGACUUCUGGCAGAUGAACGAACACGAGAUUAAGGCCUGCUGUUGGCGCCAUUACCGCUCCUACAUAGAGAAUCAGAGGAUACUCGACUCAUUUGACUCCUCGCUCCAGAAGGAAAACUUUAACGUCGACCUCAACGUCCUGACAGGAUGGAAGUACUGGCAGACAAAGAUCUGGCUCAUCCUAGAUCAUCCGAGGACAUCACGACUGGCCAUGAUCUACGGCAUCACAUCCUUCCUGUUCGUCGCUCUGUCUAUCGCCGGCUUUUGUCUGGAGACGUUGCCGGACUUGAGGCCGGUGACGAACGUGACGACCAAAUGUAACGGCGUUGACAGCAUAUCCAGCGUCAUCACCUCACACGAGGCUCUGAAUAUCAUCGACCUUAUCUGUACCGUCUUCUUCACACUGGAGUUGAUAUUGAGGUUUACGGUAGCCCCGAAUAAACUGAAGUUCGUACGUUCGCCAAUGAACAUAAUUGACCUACUGGCUCUGGUCCCUCUUUAUGUUCAAAUUAUUUUCGAAAGGUCGGACCAAAAAGCCUGUUACCUUAACGAAAGACUUGUGAUUGAGAUUCUGUUCAUCCUCAGGAUCAUCCGUAUGUUCCGCAUCUUCCACCUUGUGAAGCACUACCAGGCGCUGAAGGUCCUGGUGUAUGCACUCAAGGCCAGCCUCCAGGAAUUGCUGAUGCUCUUCAUCUUCCUCAUGAUCGGGAUGCUUGUGUUUGCCACCAUGAUCUACUACACGGAGAGGAAGGAUGCAACGAACCCCAGCGACACCUUCAACACAAUCCCCGUCGGCUUCUGGUGGGCCAUCAUCACCAUGACAACAGUUGGAUACGGCGAUAUUUAUCCUCGGACUCCCAUUGGAUACAUUGUGGGAACAGCCUGCUCCGUGUGUGGUGUUCUGCUCGUGGCCUUGACCUUUCCUGUCAUAUCCAAUAACUUCAGCCUGUUCUAUACUCACGUCAGGUCUCGGUCGCAGGCACCACGACGCAUAGACGCGGAAUCUAAGGAUCCCCUUACACAGAUCCCCUUUUCUCCUGUAACUGACCGGCCCCCUUCUGUAGCAUCCACUGUGGUAGAGCCGUACAUGAACGGUAACGCUAGAGACAAGGGGAGCGAUAAGACAAGUCCGAUCGUUGUCUCCAGAAUGUCCAGGAAUGGUUCCAUCAGUGACGUGAUUAUGAAGAAUAUAGAUUCCUCGUACAGCCUCCAUCAAAACGGUUCUGCGAAAACACGCUCAGACGACGGAGGGUCGUGUCAAGGGGAGACGCACGUGUGAUGCGCUGGUGUGUGAGCCGUGAUGCGCUGGUUGGAAUUCUUGUGAUGUGGAGUAGUACCGUUUCCUUAUUCCUAGUGGCAUCUCAACGUAGUGCUCAAGCCUGUAGGACCAACGCUGAGAAUUGUCCACAUUCUCACAGCAGUGUGACAACGUACUCGUUUACCUACUUACAAUUUUUCAACUUUUCUUCUGUGAUUUGUGUCUGAAUUUGAUGCUUUCUGCUGGGCGGAGGCAACAACAAGACAGCUCCUAUACAGAGCAGCGUCAGUACGGGACUUGCUAUAUUUCCGUAUCUUCCAUCGACAAUACGUCACGGGUUUACAUAAACGACGUUCCUCCAUCACCCGUGAAUAUAUACGACAGCUAUUUUUAACCAACGAAUCAGGACAUGGCUUAUUUCCAGUGAGAUGGAAACCAUCGAGGGCUGACCAAUGAGCAUCCAGAUUACAUGCACAAAAUUUCCCAUGCAACAUGCGUCUAUCUUCAGUCAGGUAAUAAAAUGAGGCGGGUAUAAUUGAAAGAAAUGAGCCCUAUUCCGUGCCCGCUCCCUGCUUUCUGCGCAUAUACCGUUGCCUGAUAUUGAAGCAAUGUUUGGAGGAGCGGUCGCAAGGCCAUGACGCAUGUUGGAUGGGCAAUAUUUCCUAUAUAAGCUGAACCCUGAUUGGCCAAGCACUCGCUUGGUUCCUUCUCGUCGAAAGGGGUGCCUUGAUUCGCUGGUUAAAAAUAGAUCUAGAGCCUGCAGCACAACGGCCUUAUGUGUUCUAUGGUGGCGGAGGAAAGCAGUGUGUACGAACCCGUGUUGACGAUGGGUUUCAUCAGGUUCCAAGAUAACUCGUUCUUACUACUUGUACCUCAGGUUAGACCAACGGGAUGCAAUAGCUACGUCCGUUAUGACAGACGCUUGUCUCCAGGGUCCUUAUACAUAAUACAGCAAUAACAACACGUAACGAACACCGAGUCAGCACCAGUUUAGCAAUAACACUAGACUUCACAUUUAGAAAUAACUGGCUAAAAGCGAAGCACCAGAGCACUAGAAAUCAUAACUCUUUAAACCAUGAGACGCCGUUUUACUCUUCAAUCUCUGUUUACAUAUCAAUAAGAUAUUUUAUGAUAUUGAUAAGGGUGCCAUUAUAACUGGGGCAAAAUGAUAUCACAUUCUUCAAAUUAUUUAUUACUAGUUAUUAAAAAUAUAAUUUGUAAUAAAGUAGAAUCGGUCAUAUCAAUAAUUGGAGUCCCUGAUGUUUAAAAAUCUACAGAUUUGCCUUGUAUCUAUUAUCAAAUUUGUCAAUUACUUGCUGAUAUUUUAAAUAGAUUGUGAUAUUACAUAAAUAUAUGUUACUGUUUUGACGAAAUGCAGAAUAAGGGUUAAACAGCGCCUCGUGGUAAAACUUCAUAAUCUAAAUAGUAUUUGGAAUGUCAAUAAUGUGCGACACGUCAGUGGUGUUUUGUCUUGAAAGUCGUUAACGUCCUUAUAGGCUGUCCGUAUGUUUUCAUUCCGACGUGAAAUAAUAUAAAGUUUCCUCAACCCAAUUUCCCCUGCCGCUGUUGAAAAUUAAUCCAUGUGAUACUCCUACCAUUGCACGGUCAGCUUCAGCUAUCUUCAGCCAUGUUUAUUAAGUAUUCGAUUCCGAAGCAAGCGUCCCGAUAUACGUCAUAAAUUAAUUUUUACCAAGUGUUUAACUUUAAAAUGUCACACAAUAAGUUACACUAUGUAGGAAAAAACCCCAGUUAUUUUUAAUUAUUAUAUUCUAUUUUAUUACGCUCACCUAUGUGAGGUUGGAGGCGGUGGGAUAGCCUGGUGGUUAAAGCGUUCGCUCGUCACGCUGAAUACCCGGGUUCGAUUCACGACAUGGGUACAAUGUGUGAAGCCCAUUUCUUGUGUCCCCGCCGUGUCAUUGCUGGGAUAUUGCUUAAAGCGGCGUAAAACCAUAUUCAUGCACUAUUUGAGGUUGGAGAUGAGAAACAUAAAAUAUAGAUGGCCUGAAAACCACGUGCCCACCUGAUGCUUGAUAGACGAAGGGAGAUAACUCUGAACUAUUAUGCUGACAUAUCCCCAUAGCCGAACACAGCUAUAAACCUGACUACUACUACUACUACUACUACUACUACUACUACUACUACUACAGUAUUACUACUACUACUACUACUACUACUACUAAGUACUACCAAUUCUACUUGAUGCCAAUUCUUUAACGAGUUUACAUAAAUAGUUUAGGUCAAGAAAAUACAUUUUAAUCAAUGCGCGUAUGCUUCUGCCGUUGACAAUGUAUUUUGAAAUAUCAACAAAGGCACAUCGAAUCAUACAUUUACUUAACAGUUUCGAUUUGUUUUAUUAAUAAUCAUACCACUGACUUAACUGAAGUGUCUGCAUUUAACAGUUACAAAAAGUAGUUUGGCUUUGACUGGCUUUGGUUUAGGUAGUGUGAUGCAUGUUUGGAAUUGAUUUUAUGUUGUUUCAAUUCAAAAGACUUGGUUAUUGUCGUCCCACUUUAAACGGCGGAAUAACAGCCUGGUUCCCCGGGUAUGCUGCGCUGGCGCUCCACCGCAGUAUACUCAGGACCCAGGCUGCACGGAUAAAAGCCCGUUCGGCCAUUUCCGUGGUCCGAGUUAUUUACAUGUUAUUUACAGCCGUAUACAUACAUCCUCGGGGGUAAAUCCACCAAAAGCGUUGGUACUUCCUAAACAUCUGUGAGAAACAUUCUUGACAACUCGUGUCAUUCCGGUUGGUAGUGUAGGUUACGGAAAGGGGCGAAUAGUGACGAACGCUGUUCGAAACUCGUAUCUGAAGCAUUUACUGUGCUAUCCUGAUUGUCUCCCUUUGUUUAAUCCUCCCUUGCCAUGGACACUAACAGCAGCUGGCGUCCUGCAUUUUGUGAUAUUAUGAACUAAUACUCGAGUAAUCAUAUUUGAAUCGCUAUCAUAAACAUAAUCAUUAUCAUAUUUGAGCCGAUAUUAAUGACAUUGUUCGCUGUGAAACUUGUCAUCACUGGUAUAUAUAAGCGCGUCUUUGUACUCCGUGCACACCGUCAGUUUAACUAUCCGUGGUUUGUAUCUCAGCGUCGUGCCUGUGGUGUUUGCAUUAAUAUUUUACCUGCUUCAAUUUAAAUCAAUGAAGUAGAUUUUUUUUCUGUUUCUCAUUACUUAGAUCGAAGUGUUUCAUCAACGAUUGCAUGAUGUCAGGCGUGUGGGGGCUGGGUGGGGUUAUGCUGACGUGUGGUUGUGGAGAUGUGACGGGUGGGGUUAUGCUGACGUGUGGUUGUGGAGAUGUGAGGGGUAGGGUUAUGUUGACGUGUGGUUGUGGAGAUUUGACGGGUAGGGUUAUGCUGACGUGUGGUUGUGGAGAUGUGACGGGUGGGGUUAUGCUGACGUGUGGUUGUGGAGAUGUGAGGGGUUGGGUUAUGCUGACGUGUGGUUGUGGAGAUGUGAGGGGUCGGGUUAUGCUGACGUGUGGUUGUGGAGAUGUGAGGGGUCGGGUUAUGCUGACGUGUGGUUGUGGAGAUGUGAGGGGUAGGGUUAUGUUGACGUGUGGUUGUGGAGAUGUGAGGGGUUGGGUUAUGCUGACGUGUGGUUGUGGAGAUGUGAGGGGUCGGGUUAUGUUGACGUGUGGUUGUGGAGAUGUGAGGGGUUGGGUUAUGCUGACGUCUGGUUGUGGAGAUGUGAGGGGCGGGGUUAUGUUGACGUGUGGUUGUGGAGAUGUGACGGGUAGGGUUAUGUUGACGUGUGGUUGUGGAGAUGUGACGGGUGGGGUUAUGCUGACGUGUGGUUGUGGAGAUUUGACGGGUGGGGUUAUGUUGACGUGUGGUUGUGUAGAUUUGACGGGUGGGGUUAUGCUGACGUGUGGUUGUGGAGAUGUGCCGGGUGGGGUUAUGUUGACGUGUGGUUGUGGAGAUGUGACGGGUGGGGUUAUGUUGACGUGUGGUUGUGGAGAUGUGAGGGGCGGGUUAUGCUGACGUGUGGUUGUGGAGAUGUGACGGGUGGGGUUGUGCUGACAUAUGGUUGUGGAGA